UGUAUUUAAUGAUGUAAAGUAAAAAAAGUUCUUUGAGAAAAUAUUUAAAAAAAAAAAAAAAACGAAAAAAAAAUCCCUUUAUGUUGUAGCCCAUCAUCUUAAAAGGUUAUGCGAAUAAAAAUAAAGGAAAAUUUAUUUGGCUAAAGUGUUUAAAUCAAGUAAUUUCUCAUUUCAUUUGCACUUUGGCGUAUAUGAGUUCAUAUAAAAAAGAAACGAAAAUUUCAUAUCAGUUUUGUUUACGAUGGCUUUCCACCAAAUGAUUGGUCAGAUCGAUUUCAAACAAGAAAUGUGGCAAAAUUUGAAUGCGAAAAUUAAAGAUCUUCAACCUCAAGAACAAGCAGCCAUACGCAAUUUUUGGAGGUCGUUAGUAUUGCGUUCUCAAGGAGUGUUCUCCGAUAGCAAUGGUCACUUGCCGCAAUAUGCAAAUGUGCGCAGCUGCAAUUGUUGUCCCUAUGGCUAUCAUAUUGAUUUGGAUUUUGUACGAUAUUGUGAAGCAUUGGCCAAUGCUAAGCCAUCUGAAGAAGAAUUGCAACGGCGCAGCCGCCGCAGAUCACGUAAAUCAAUGGAAGUUAUGUUGGGUUUAGAUUCACUUUUUGAUCAAUGGGAUGCCAUCGAUAAACAACAGACAUUGACAGAGUUACCAUAUGAAAAUGAAUUACCGCAAACACCAGAACAAUUCCUGCAACGCACCCUUUCUUUCAGUACAUCAACACCUUAUCAAACAGCGCCGACUGGUCGUCAACGCUCCUCUUCAGUGCCACGAUUUCCCACUGACAAUGCGGCUCAACAGCACUCUCGUUCCGCAUCGCCUUUCGCUGCUCCAUGCUCGUCUUCUCGUUAUACUGAUAGCGAUGUCACAAACACAAGUUUAUAUAGGUUUGCGAACAGUCCACCAGAAACUAAGGCUUUCCUACACGACGCCUUAGAUGAAGUGUGCAGUGAUUUUGAGCGAACUCUUGAACGAGCUUCGGUAAAGAGGAAGAAAUACGAAGACAUGGGAGAUGGAAGUGGCGCUUUUGAUUUCCAUACGAGUGAUCGCAAUAAUAACAGUUUUCAAACUCGCGACAAGCGGAAUGGUUGGUCUCGUGGAAAGCAUCAUCAUCUGUACUUUCAUGACAUUUCGGAUUCGUGUGUUACGGGCAAUAAAUCACCCCGUACGUCGCAGAUCUAUAUGAAGCCAUUGGCUUUCCAACAGAAAUUGUCGCCCGGUGAACAGCAAUAUGAGUCAUAUGUUAAAGCUGCUGUGGCAGCUAAUGCCAAAAGUCCAGUGGAGGAUAUAUUAUCAGCACAAAAUACACCGCCAGCACCGCCGCCCAGACGACAUGCUUUAUCCACAAAAUUAGUCAAUUCUAGUCCAACUACCACUACCGCCUCUACUACGGAAUCUCUUCAAUUUCCUUCCUCACCCAGUUGUUUGCCUGACGCUGCGCCUACAUCCUCUUCUUCAACAGCCGACGCUCAAACCUUGUUUAAUAUACGUGAGCAAAUGGCUCUGAGCUUAAGGCGCAUGAAAGAUUUGGAAGAACAAGUAAAAGCAAUACCUGAAUUAAAGUGCGAAGUUUCUCAGCUACGUGAGGAUAAGGAGCGUCUGCAGCAAGCCGUACAACGUAAGGAAGAAGAAUUGCAAAGAGCUCGUGAGUUAACACGGCUUUCUUCCUCCCCAAGUCCAAUAGCCAGUCCAAAAUAUGCCUCGCCUGUACAAUUCCAGCCACAACGGAUCAGCCCUAUUUCUCUAGAGAGUAUGGGGGCACGUUUACGGUCGUCUACUCCGUCAGCGAGCGUAUUAAAACGUGAUGUAGGUACUAUGUGCGUGAAAAAAAGCACACGCGAUAUAGCCGUAGGCGGUUCGGUAAUGCCAAUAAAAUCAUCUCGUGACGUAGGCUGCAGUGCCUCAUUAACUAAAAAUGUUACUGAGACGCUGUAUACAAAAAUUGAAGUUGAAGAACGGGUUAAAGUUUCCAUUAAAGAGCAUGAAAAACAACGCAAACUGGAACGCUUUAAAGAGAUGGUAUCCAUAGGUACUCAGAUACAGCCUCCGAAGCAUAUAUCAUUAGAUAAAUCUAUCCAAACUAAGGCCAUUAGAGAAAUACAAAAAUAUAAUGUGGGAGUGAUGGCUCAGCCUAAUAAACGUGAAGCGUUUGUAACUUGUAAGCCCGAGGUUCGUACAGUUGGUUCUUCAGAUGAUCGAAUUAGCGAUAUCCUAUGCGGAAAAUGUAGGCUACCAAAGCGUACAGUGGCUGUAAGUACUGAAGACAUGCGACAAGAGAAUUCAAUGAAUACGGUGUCUCUGAAGUUAUUGGAUACGCCCAAGCGCAGUAAUACUUUUUGUUUAGGCGAUAAUGAAAAAUUGAAUAUUAAACGCAAGACCAUAGGUACCCAGUGUACACCUAUAACGGUUAGCAGUUGUGGUUGUCAAACCGCUUCGACUAUAGUGCACAGUGUAGGUACACAGUAUCGUCCUGAAAUGCAAAAUUCUGCCACCCAGUCUUACGCAGAGACCGUCAGUCGUCACACCGACACAAAAGACUUAUUACGCUUAAAUACCACCCAAACUAGUACAGUAGAAAUAUCACCGCCUACACCAAUGAAAGAAGAGAAACCUGAACAACUCAAGCGGGAAUUAUUACAUAAAUCGUGUAAUACCGAAAUCAAACAAUACCGAGAUUAUGCUAUCAACACCUCAAGCUCGAGCAAACAGUGUCAUUCAUCUUCCAACACCGAGGAGGUACAUAAACGCGAUAUUGGCUGUGGAGAUGUGGUAAAGCCUCAUAUAUCCAUAGCGUGUGCUGAUAAUUAUUGUGAUUCUUGUAAGGAUGCUAUUAAAAAUUUGGCCAAGGAUUUCUCUAAAGUUGCGAUUAGUCCACAACCCAGUAAAGCUAGUGAUUCGAAAAUACCCAGACCUAGAAAUUUACCCAGUCCUAGUCCGGCUAGAAGAACAAUACAAAGGCAGAAUACUUAUACUAUACCUCUAACAUCAAUACCGAGUCCCAGUUCAGCGACGGAUAAAAAAAUAAUGGCUAGAUCCCUGCAAGAGAAAUCACCAGAGUUUAAUGCGGCUGAAGUCUUACCAGUGGAGUCGGAAAGUUUUUUAAAACAGACCACAAGUCAGCAGCCAAAUAACCAAAGAGCUGUUACAGAAACGCAGCCUUUACGAGAUCUUCCGUAUGAUUUAGCCCAGGCUAGCGAUAACGAUUUAAUUGUACGGGAGGAAACUCGAGUUAGCAUUAGUUGGUCUCGCGAUAAUUCACCAGCACCUAAUCUUCAUAAAUCCCACGAAGAAUUACCUCAAAACACUUUAGACAAACAGCAGGAAGAAUUCUCAACGUCAGCCGAACAAAUUUCAACAGGAGCUCGUAAAAAAACUUCGUUGUCACCUUUGCAAUCUAGUCAUCAUCACCAUCGUCAUCAUCAAAGUUCAACAGAAGAAAACAAAAGCUCUCAUAAUGUAGGAAAGAAUUUGGAGAAGGUCAGCGUGAAUGAAGAUAUUGUUGAAAAUCCACCAUCCAAAGCCAUGCUGCAAAAGAUUGCAAUGGUGGAAGCCGAACCUAGAAAAAAAUAUUUGCCAUCAAAGGAUAUGUUGAGUGCUUUGAAAACCAUUAAUAAUUCAUUGCUUAAGAAGUUGGGCUCUAAACCAAUAUCAUCGUUAAGUUUAAAAUCUUCUAAAACGACCAUACAACAAGAAUGGUUUUGCAUAUCCAGUUCAGAGCAAGCCAACCCACAUGAAGUUGAGGAUUAUUUAGAUUGCUUUGAGGAGAUGUCAGUUUCGUUGCUCGAAUACUGUGUGAAUAUGGUGGAUGUUAAUGGCAAUACCGCUAUGCAUUACGCUGUUUCUCAUGGUAACUUUGACGUCGUAUCCAUAUUGCUUGAUUCAAAGGUUUGCAAUGUAAAUCAAAUGAAUAAUGCUGGAUACACUUGCGUCAUGCUUGUCUCAUUGGCUAAAUUAAAGAAUGCAGCACAUCGUACAGUCGUUGAACGAUUGUUUCAGAUGGCCGAUGUCAAUGUACGAGCAAAAAAGCAUUGCCAAACCGCUUUAAUGCUAGCCGUGUCGCAUGGCAAUCUAGAAAUGGUUCAAUUGUUAAUGGCAGCCGGAGCCGAUGUUAAUAUACAAGAUGAAGAUGGCAGUACCGCUUUAAUGUGCGCUGCUGAACAUGGUCGUGGCGAUAUUGUUAAGCAUUUAUUAUCGCAAACAGAUUGCGAUUCGCUUAUACAGGAUGUGGAUGGUAGUACAGCCUUUAAAAUUGCCUGGCAAGCUGGUCAUCGCGAAAUCGGUCUACUGCUUUACGUACAUGAGCAAAUGUUGCGUAGUAAACUACCUCAUCGAGGAGAAACAACGUUAAACAAAUGUUCCCCGUCAACGUCACCGCGUUAUUACCACAAACGUCAACCAUCGAAGUAAUUGUUUUUUCUUUUUUAAUUUUAUUUCCAACUUUUACAAAUUUGAGUAGUUUUUGUGAAAAGAAAGGAGUUUUUAAAAGUAGCCAGUAGUAGUUACUUAAGAGAAAAACGAACAAGUUAAUGCUAAGUACUAAGUUAAAGGAAAGAAAAGUACUUAAUCGCUCUUAAUUAAAGAUUUCAGCAUUCCAGUACUAAAGAGUAAUCAUUAUAUCAAUAUUUAACAUAAAAUAAAAUUAAUUAAUUAAAAGAAAUUAAGUAACAUGCAAGUAAUAGUAAAACAUAUCAAAUAAGUGAAAGAGCGUCUUGUUUAACGUGAAAAUAUAAUAUUUUUAAUUUUUCAAGCACUUGUUAAAAAAAUUUUUUCUUAUUUAUUGCACGAGAAAAAUCUCUUAUCGAAAGACAUUAAAAAUUAAUUUUAAUAAUAUAUAAAAAACAAUACUUCUGAAAAACAAAAAAAAAAA